AUGGUGUCAUCUAAAAAGUCUGACUUAAGUUGCCAUCAACAGGGUUCACAGUCUCAUCAAGCCCCGAAAUCUCUUGCCAAAUCGGAUACAACUCCUUUUCCUGUUGCGAAGAUGGUGCCAGUACAAAUCCUAAAGAUGGCGCCAGUGAGUAAUGUGGAUCAACCUGCUGCUGUAACAUCUGUCUCCAGACUCCAGAUACCAUCCUACUCAGAGGGUUUAAAAACCAAUGAUCAAGAUAUGAACAAUAAUGUGGAGUUGGAUUUGGAAAAGAAUACUCAAGCCACUGUUAUGUGUAGUCAGAUUAACAAAGGCAAUAACAAUGCGGAGGCCAAAAUUGUUCCUGGUACUGCUAGUGUGACUGCUACUCUUCCUGUUGAGGAAAUAAAUAAGAUCAUCAACACUGUCCCUGAGACCUAUCAAUUUGCAGAUGCAAAAAGUAAUGAUGAUGAAAGAUCUGGAGCAAGAAGAAAUGAGGUUAUUAGGGAAGAAGAGCAGGAAGAGCUAAAUGCUGAAGCAAUUGUUCUUAGUACUACUACUACUACUACUACUACUGUGACACUAGUGUUCCUAAGCAACCAACAAGACCGAACACUAAGCACAGAGACAGAAAACCAAGCACAGAGGCAGAAAGUCGAAGCCAUAAGAAUUGAAGGAUACAACAAGUUUUCCCUUGUUGAAGAAUCAAAAAAUGAGCAGGAGCAGGACAUAGAGGCCAAGAGAGUAGAGGAACCUGCAACUACAACCGAAGAAAAACCUCAUGAAAGUGAGUCUGAUGCGUCUGAUGCACAAAGUAGUUCUGAGAAUGAGCAAGACAUAGAGGCCAAAAGAGUUAAGGAAUCUGCGAUUGCCAAGAAGAGAAGGCACAAGAAGAAAAGAAAGGCAGCUGCAACUGCAAGCACAUCUGAAGAACAACCUCAUAAAAGUGAAUCUGAGAAGGAGCAAGACGUAGAGACCAAAAGAGUUGAGGAAUCUGCAAUUACAACAGAAGAAAAACCUCAUGAGAGUUGGUUUGAUGCCGAAAGUAGUUGGGAGGAGCAAGACAUGGAGGCCAAAAGAGUUGAGGAAGCUGCAGCUGCCAAGAAGAAAACAGAGAAGAGGAAAAGGAAGAAAAGUAAGGCAGAGAAACGUAAUGAAAGUUGCCUAUCAAUUGGAAUACUUUCUUUGGCGUUGAUUAACUGCUUGGCUUGUUCGAGUAUGAUUUGCAUAACUAAUCAUUCAAAUGCUCAGCCUUCUUGA